AUUUGUAUGAAUAGUAGAAAUGGAGGCAAAGAUAGGAGAAGAGGCUGAGAGGACGCGACCUUUCUUUCCCAAAGACAACGCCAUUCCUCUCAAUUCAAUCGACUGGAAGUCGCGAUACAAUGAGCUCAAGAACCGCAAGGAUUGGGACGACAAGAAGGACUUCGUAGGGUUGAAGCGUUUGGGCAAUAGUUACCAUCCAUUGGACCCAUUCUUCAAGUUUGAAGGCGUGCCCAACGGUAACGACACUUUGGACCGCAUUUGGUGGCCCUCUGUCUGCGGUUUUAUGGGAAUCGCGAUCUCUGCCGGAUAUAACUGGCACUCGAGGCGACCCUUUGUGUCCGCACUCCUGCCCACACUUGUGUCGGGAGCGGUCGGCGUCGGCGUCGCCUGUCUUAUGAACAAAUACAACGGCCGACGCGCGCAGGAGAGGGACGCCGUUCUCAUCCAUUACCUGCUUCUUCACGAACACGAGUUCCCAAGAAUUGAGCGCAAAAGAUUUGGCGAAAUAACGAUGGCUUGGACUCCAUUCAGGUGUGGAAACGAUGGCUUAUAUAUAGAGAAAUAGUCCCAAAAAUGGUUAUUAUUAAACAGUAAACGCUUUAAUCAAUAGAUUUAGGAAUAGAUUAUUAAAUGAAUAUUUAGUGUAAAUAUUAAGUGAAUAAAUGAAAUGAAAUGAUUUCAAUGUA